AUGCUGUCGUGUUGUUCAAUCGCUAAUUUCAUCAAGGUGCUUAGCUUCGCAAUUAUUGCUGUAGUAAGGAGACCUAUAGUUAUCUGCAGAUUUAUUCGUAAUGUCUGCUUGUGGUUUGGAUAUCCGGCUAUUGAUGAAUCUGGCUUGUGGGACGAUGACUUAAGUCAACUGCUUGUCUCCAUCAUGGAUUUAUUCAUAAUUAUCGAUAAGUAUGGUGGUAACAGCGAAGAAAUUCUGGGUGCUUGGAGAACGUACUUUGAUCUCCUAAAUACGCUUCCAGUAGAAUUCUGGCGACAGAUGCCUGCAAGGAACUGGCUGGAAGAGAUGGCGCACCGCCUUGAGCAUCUGGGUAACAGUCGAUCGCAUAAUGUGACCUCACAGAUCUAUGAAUCUAAUUCUGCACAAGUCUUUGCUCCAGCUCUUUGGGAAGAAUGCGAAAAACGGUCACCUCCUUGUGAUUAUCGUACGCUGUGUGAGAUUCCAGUCAUGAAGGACAUAUGUAAUGCAGAGGCUUCAUAUCUGCGACGAGCAAUCAUAAGUGGUCAUUACCAAGACGCUGCACACUACAUCGAUGUACAGUUUCGAUUAUUCCGAGAAGACUUAGUUAGUCCGCUCAGGGAUGGGUUAGCUGUCUAUAAACUGAACGCGACAACGCGCUACCAAAAGUGGGUAGAAGAUGACAGUCAGCCGUCUUCAGACCUAAUAGUCUUCGAAGUUGAAGCUAUAGAAGGAGUACAAGUCCGUCCCUCUGAUGGCACUUUGUUCAGAUAUGCGAAACUUACGGACGCAUCAAGAAAUCACCCAGCUUUUGCACGAAAUCUAAUGUUUGGACAAUGUGUUUGCCUUUCUUGCGAUGAUUUUCGAGAAGAUUAUCAUCUUGCUAGAAUUGUAGAGCGAGAGGAUACAGGCAUCCUUGCGUUCACCAGCAUGGAUGAGAACGACGCUAUUGUGAAGAAUCGGGUCUAUCACGUAGCUGAACCACAGAGCUAUCUGAUAGCUUAUCAGCACGUGCUGUUGUCAUUGAAAGACUUCAGUCCCUGCAGCCCAAUACCCUUUGAACGAUACUUAGUGUAUGGCAAAUGCGAUGUGAGGAAACCAUUCUAUAUGAGAAUCGACGAAGACGUAGAAGAAGUUCUGGACGACGCUGAAAUUCGAAAGUACUACGAAGAUGUUCGAAAGGAUAUCAGAGCUAGUAUCGCCAAGAAUCCUGAAAGUUACGAGUGAGU